AUGCCCCGCAUAGGCCAGCUGGGAGAUGCCGUGUGUCCGCAGAGGCCGAGCAAGGCAGGCCGGGCGAGAGCGCAGGGUCAGAGACGCUCACGUGGGCCAGCAAUUCACGUGGCGCUCGAGACGGAGGUCGAGGAGGGGAAGAGCAGCGGCCAACAGGUGCAAGAAGCCGUGAGCAGGGCGUGGGGCAGAGCGAGGAUGUAUACAAACUUGCCUAAGGCGUGUCUGACAGGGAUCGUGCUGACGAUCUCGACGCAUUCGGGCCCUCAGGUGGUGUACCACUACCCUCCGGUGAAGCAGCCGGUGGAGGCGAGGCGGGGCCGGAAGGUGGACAGCCGCAAUGAGCGGGUGCGGAGCUGGCAGGCGGGGCGGAUGCCGUCUGCAGCGUCCGGGGCGGUGGAUGCUGUGGGCGAGGGCGUGGACGGGCUGGAGGAGGAGUCGAGCGAGAGCGAAUUGGACCGGAGCUCGGGGCUGAGCGAGAGCGAGGUGUCGACGGACUGGGCGGACUACUCGAUGUCGUCGUCUGAUUCAGAGAGCGAGAUGCGGGAGGAUGGCGGUGGGGAGAGCAGCGCGGUGGGCGGGUCGAGCGCGGCGGAGGGCGGGGAGGAGAGCCUGGCGGAGGGCGCGGACUCGAGCAUCGCGUGGCCGGGCCCGAGCGAGUCGUACAACCAGCUGCUGGAGUCGCAGAGCAUGGUGGGCAGCAGCGCAAACGUGGCGGCGGCGUCGACGAAGCCGAAGAGCAUCAAGUCGCGGCACUCUCAGAUAAGCGCCAACAAGCUAUUCCAGUACCUCACCAACACGAGCGACGCAGACAGCAGGCGUCAGUCGGUGUUUUCGAAGCUGACCGGGAACGAGGACAGCGAGACGAUCCGCUUGACUGACUCGGUGAACCUGCUGGACUUGGAGUCGCUGCUGGAGGACCUAGAGCCCGGGCUGGCGGACGUCGACAUCAGCGAAUUGCUGGACGUGGAGGUGUUCCAGCCCGGGCGCUUCCAAGACGUCAGCAAGAUCUUCAACUUUGACGCUGAGUUUGUCGCGGAGCUGUGCUCUCCCCCGAAGGAGAUGUGUAACACGCGGUUUGAGCUGACGGUGGAUGACCUGUGCUUCCUGGGGCUGCCCAUCCAUGUGGAUGAGUCCGGCCGCUGGCGCAAACAGAAGGUGAAGCGCCAGCAGACGAACACUCGGUCCAAGCGCUCCAGCAGUGGCGGGAAGCCGGAUGCCGGGUCGCGAACCAGCGUGGGGUUACCCCAUGGCACGCAGGAACGCCAGCCGAGCACGGACCAGAGCGGCAGCGGGGCGCCGUAUCUCGCACAGAGUAGCAGUGAAAGUGGGCAAUUGAGAGACCCAGAACAGUCCGAUGACGUGGAAGAUCUCCAGAAAGCUGUGCACAUGUUCCAUGUGUGCUUUAUAAUGAACCCGCAGCUGGUCGAGUACAAUGAACGCAUAGACGAUAUGUACCACUACAUCGUGACCCGCCUCUCCCUGAUUUUACGUUAUAUUCAAGAUAAAAAGGGCUACGUCGUCAGAGAGUGCGCUAAGAUCCUCAAGACGAGGGACCGUAUCUUGAAGAAAUCCCUAAAGCUGAAGAAAUCCCAUGGACAGGCGCUACAGGGUCGCUAUCUGUACGAAUGCAUACUGAAGUCAUCUUCGCUGGCAAGGGCUCUUACGAAAUGCUUUAACUCGAUUAUUAACAACGAGAUCGUGACAUUGGAUAUUGACAACCACAAGGUGAUCUCUCUACAGAUUCCAAUUAAGAAUGAGUUUAGUAGCCUGCCCGAUCUGAAGAUCAAUCCUGUUCUAAGAGGCUCCUACUUGACUUCACUUCUAAACGACAGUUUUCUGAAACAACCAGUGGAUUUUGCUGCUGGCAGCAUGAUGCCUGGUGGCGACGUCAUGCACGAUGAUAAUGAUGUUUUGGAUUAUGCCCUUCUAUUGCUCGAUGACACACCGAAAAUCAUUAAAGAUCUGGAAUUCUCCUCCUUUGGCAGCGACCUGGCAAACGUGAUAAUGAUAAAUUUGGUGAAGAACCUAAAGCCGACUGUGUCGCUGCGCUCAUACCUUCCACUGGUGUCUAAUCUUCUGGAGGCAAAUCUCUCCUUGUCUGCACGGGCUGCAGGCUCGAGACACGCGGCUUCCAAUGCAGCCGACUCACAUAGUACACCGUUACAGCAUAGUAUGAUUAGGUCGAUUGUUUUGCACUUGGUGUAUUGGCGAUAUGCCAGGAUUAUUCUGCCUUUAUCGUCCAAGAAUACGUAUAUCGUGUCACCACUAGCUCCAAUACGAGGCACAGCCGCUGAUGAUUUUGAAAAUACCGAUAUGGUGAAGCAGGGAUGCAAGGCUCUGAUAUAUCAACAUCAAGACCUGUUCCAUGAAAAGUUCCCCACGCUGCCCACGCUGCCUUCAUUUCUCAGCUCGAUAUCCACGUGUAAGCCUCGUUCCUUUGGGCACUUAAUUCCUUCCAAAGAUCACAACUUACUGUACCUGAGUGUAUUGGCAUGGCUUAUUAGAUAUGGCUACCUGACUCAGCUACUAACUUUUGUUUGGCUUCGUGUUGAUAGGCGCAUAAAGAUUGCUGUCGAUGAGGAUCUUGAACGCGAGGGCGUCCGCACCUGGAAUAGUAUCGUAAAAAAAGAACACCGCCAGAACCCGCAUGAUAAUGUUGCGGCUCCAACCAGAGAACCCGCUUCGUCUGCAAUUGAUGAAACAGCAAGUUCCUCCGAGCACGGUGACGCGAACAUAUCCGACGGCCAGGAGUCGCUGGACGAUUACCUAUUCAAGGAAAGCGAUUACACUAUCAUCUUGGAACCCAAAACAGCAACUGCCUUAGAGAAGCGCUGGCUCUUUAAGUGUAUUGAAAACCAGCCGACAGAAAUGCAAUUGCUAUUUCGGAAAGUUAUCAAGUACUUCAAUGGAAAGACACCCCUGGAGCUGGUGGAGAUAAAGGAAAAUAUUCCAAAGCAGGAGCUGAAGAAGCUGAUAGCUUGUCUGGACAAGUACGUCGUUGAGUUAAAACAUUGGUAA